CGGUGGCAGUCUAGUGCUGUUAUUUAGUGGGUAUCAGAGGUAGAAAUCUGACCACUAUAGCGACGCAACGAUAUGAAGAUAGUUUUGGGGCUGGCGCUCGUAGCGCUUUUUGACGUCUACCUAACGGCAGCGUCACCAGAGCCUCAUCGGGUUCCACACGGACUGCAUGUCGUUCGACAGUUCAAUGGCGGCCGCCGCAGGAAGAGACACCGCCAUGUUCGUCACAAAGAAGUCGAGCAAGAAGAGACCGAAGAAGUGGAAGUAAAGAGAACGAAACACGAACGAAACACAAGGAACAAAGAGAUCGAGAUAGACUCAGAGAGCUCCAGGAAAUCGGAGAAGCACUCUAGCUUCGAGAGAGACCAGGAAGAGAGCUCCAGGAAAUCGCAGAAGCACUCUAGCUUCGAGAGAGACCAGGAAGAGAUCCAGGAAAUCUGAGAAACACUCUAGCUUCGAGAGAGACCAGGGAAGAGAGAUCCAGGAAAUCUGAAAAGCACUCUAGCUUCGAGAGAGACCAGGAAGAGAGCUCCAGGAAAUCGCAGAAGCUCUCUAGCUUCAAAAGAGACCAGAA